AUGGAACAAAGGAAAAAUGUGACUGAGUUUGUCCUCUUGGGGCUCACUCAGAGUCUCCAGGGUCAGAAAAUAUUAUUUGUUGUGUUCUUGCUCAUCUAUAUUGUGACAAUAGUGGGCCACCUACUUAUUGGCAUGACUGUAGUGGUCAGCCCAACUUUGGAUACCCCUGUGUACUCCUUUCUUGGGCACUUAACUUUUAUGGAUGCUGUUUAUUCUACUGCAGUUACUCCAAACCUGAUUAUAGACUUACACUAUGAGAAGAAAACAAUUUUUUUCCAAGCUUGCCUGACCCAGCUUUUUGCAGAACACUUAUUUGGUGGUUUUGAGGUUUUACUUCUGAUGGUCAUGACCUAUGACCGCUAUGUGGCUAUCUGCAAACCCUUGCAUUCUAUGACCAUCAUGAACCAGCGGGUGUGCGUUCUGCUGCUGCUGGUGACCUGGGUUGGAGGGUUUCUGCAUGUUAUACUUCAUCUUCUCUUUGUUUACAAUCUUCCCUUCUGUGGUCCCCAUGUCAUUGACCACUUUUGCUGUGACAUGUGCCCCUUAUUAAAACUUGCCUGCACUGACAUCUAUGCCAUUGGGCUCACUGUUGUUGCCAAUGAUGGAGCCAUCUGUAUGGUAAUUUUUAUCCUUCUACUAAUCUCCUAUGGGGCCAUCCUAAAGUCCCUGAAGACUCACAGUCAGGAGGGAAGGCGCAAAGCCCUGUCUACCUGCAGCUCCCACAUCACAGUGGUUGUCCUCUUCUUUGUUCCCUGUAUUUUCAUGUAUGUUAGGCCUGUUUCCAACUUUCCCAUUGACAAAUCUAUGACUGUGGUUUAUACAAUUAUUACUCCCAUGUUGAAUCCUCUGAUAUACACUUUGAGAAACUCUGAGAUGAAAAAUGCUAUGGAAAAAACCUGGAGUGGAAAGUUAACCACGUGUAGAAUAAGAAUUUGCGUCCACACUGAAAAUAUCAUUGCUAAUUCUAAAGCAAGAAAUAGGCAAUAAAAGAUCACAAUGAAUGAUUAAGUCAAUUCAAUGGAUUCUCUAGGAAUGCUUCUCUUUAUUGAUGCAAAGACAUCCAAAAUGUAGAACAAAUUAUCUUUGACAUUAGAAUGAAACUAAUAGAGACAUUCUAGAGGUGGGAAAAAAUCCAUAAGUAUUUUUCCUGUUAUAAUUAAAAGUAAAACUAAGCUUAACAUUGUAAUUUUAUUUUUCUCUGAAUAUACUGAAACAGGGCUUAGAAAAAAAAUUAUUUCCUUUUAAGAAUAGAAAAACACAAGUUAGUUUCAAAAAUUUUCUAUCAUUCAAAUUAAUGAGAAAACAAUUUGCCCAAUGCUUAGAACAAAUUUUUGAGGCCAAGGGUGUGGUUUUAAAAUUUUAUGGUUCAUUAUUGUAUGAGCACAACAGCUUUUUUUAGCUCCACUGUGCAUUUUGUGUUUAAGAUUACUUCUGUUCCUCUGGGCAAUGUCUACAUAUUUACAAUUCUGCCUAUUUUAGUGGGACAUGAAAUUGUGUUUGGUUUGAGACACCAUCAGUGAGCAAUUUUGUAGAUGGGAUGUCGUUGAUGAGGAAAACUCAUUCUAGUUCUUGAUUAGCGGACAGAUACUACUCUUUCACUUUGUAUUUGAGAAUAACAUUAAUCUAGGUUAUAAACAUCUAUGUUCUCAUUAGUUAUUAUGUGCAUUUUUUGUAAUUCUUAAAAUAUUGGAUAGAACUUCUGAUUUUAUCUGCAUGAAAUUGAAGAUAUGGAAAGAAAUGUGUUAUUUUCCAUAAGCAGCAUGUUCCCUAAAAGUUGUAUUAAACUAAAAUACUUUUUUACAUAGAGACUUAGAAAUGAUUUGUUUUGGUAAAAACAAAAUUUUGUUUUUCAAUUUUAUGUAAAAAAAAAAGUAAGUUUUUCUCAGUUUACAGUCCAUCCAGGAACAUCCCAAAACCAGAAAGCAGAAAGAAUUUUCUCAGUGUAAUAUGGAACAUUAUCUAUGCUUAACAAGAGUUUAUUUUCUAACUAAAAGAAAGAUUUUAGAACUUUUCUUAUUUUUAAAUUUUAGUGUGUCAUUUUUCAUGUCUAUCUGGCAACAUGCUAUUAUUUAUA